AUGGGCCACCAGCCUCUCCCUCACGAAUAUCGAUCAUUAUGGGAGGACCCCUCAGGAAGGACCGAGCUGGAGAUCACCAGGCAUCCGAAUCUUGAUUCCUCUUUACAGAAUGAUCAAAAACAGAAGGCCUCACCAGGCCAGGAAGAUAAUCUAUCAACUCGCCGCUCAAAGAAAUUCCUACCUCAGCCAAUUGAAACCUCAUCACGAAGCUAUAAUGCCACACCCAUCACCGCAACCCCCGAAAGCAGAGAUAGUUCGAGGAAGACAAAUAGUCCCUAUAAAAUUGAACCUUCAACAGCUGAGAGCCAGCCUCGUCGUCGGAUUUUACCCCAACCGAUUGAAACAACCGUGGCCAGCCGGGGACCAUCGCGACCGCAGGAAAAUCGAUCCCCUAUUGCUUCUGGCCCAAGAAGAUUCAAACCGGACUUAAUUGAAACGGACCAUCGUUCUGUCAAAGGAAAACUUGGAGAAUCUUCUCGCGUCAAUGCUCGAGAGCUUACUGUAGAAAACUCGGGCUCACUCUUUCGGCCAAGCCCUCGACGGAAUACUACCCCUCAUCCAACCGAGUCAAGAUUUUCAUAUUUGAGCAUCCUUCGUCGCCAAGAACCACGGAGGCAUUCAUUCCGUAUCCCGAAUCUUCCGUCUAUUCCGUCAAAUGACAGUGAAGACUCCGAAGGGUCCGCCGGCUCGCCUACCUCAUCCUCUCCAACCCACCGACCCCAGAGAGGCACAGAUGGCAAGCUUGACACACUACUUCGAGAAAGCCAUAAUGUGGAAUUUUCAGAAUACCUGCUUUCUGUGGCCGCUCGUUCAGCGCAUAGGCAGCUCAAGGAGCAGGCACUGGCGGCUUUCCCCAACGAACAAGUAUAUGAGCCUGUGGAUCAUUUUGGAGUCGACGAUGAUGAGUGUGACUCCGAAGAUCAAUAUUCCAUGUAUCCUUCAAAGAAUCACCUAAAAUCCCGACGUCAAUCCUCUGAAGACCUCUCCUGGGAGCUAGAGUAUAUGCGACAGCACAAGGAGGAGGCUGAACAGCGUCUGAGAGCGAUGGGUACCUCGGGUAAGCCUAAACCAGCGCCAACUGAAACAAAGCCAGAGCCAAAGAAUCUGGGCCCAAGUCCUCCUAUGCUUGGAGGUGAUAUUAUUCUGCCCUGGAGCCUUUCUCCAGACGGGACUCUCUGUGAGAACACAAGCGAUAGGGAUGCUGCUCAGACAGCAGAAGAUCGGUGCACUGACUGUGGGGGUCUCUGGUGUGCAGAGAAUCAAGGGGACGGUGGUCGAGGGGCGGGACUAUGGAUGGGUACCUGUCGUAAAGCCGAUGGCCCCGAACGCGACUCACAUCUCAUUUCCGGUAUCAUGACUCCAAUGAUUCAAGACUACGAGACUGAGUCGAACCCCAGCCCUCGACCCAACGCUUCCAUGAGUCAAAAUGACGACAGAGGCACGUUGAGGUCACAAUUUGGUGCUAGUACCAACCUUUCUCAGAGCCUGGAUGAUGAAUUCAAUGAUGGCUUUGUCACACAAAUCUACAAUUAUCUGUCCUUGGGUUAUCCCUGUGUGGCGCGCUAUUAUGACUUUGAACUCGGUCGAAUUUCCGGGAUCCCAGUGGAAAAUCUCCGACGAGAUGAUCUCCAAACCGACGCAAGAGGCUAUGUUGUUGCCCCAGAGAACAAUGGUGCAGUGCCUUGUGUGCGAUGGAAGGCUCUCCGUCUCUACAUCAGGGAAUGGGCCCGGCAACAGCCCAAAAUGGCAGAGGAUGAAAAUACCCUUGAAGCUUGGGGAGUACCGGAACGAAGGGGUAGUUGGGCCAUUUGA